AUGGAGAGACAACACAUGUCUGCCUUUGCGCUUUAUCACACUUUGAAUUCGGAUGAUUCUCCACCGGCAAAGAAGCCUAAUUUGCAGGUGGGAGUGAAUAAGAAUAAGAAAAAGAAAAAGGAAAAGGUGCUGGCAGCCAACGUCACCCUAACAAAAGCCCAAAUGAGAGCCGAGAGGAAGAAGAUGCGAAAGAAGUUGCCAAAGGCUCUGCAAAGAGAGGAGACCCUGAACGCAGCACCAGAAGUAGAUGUGCGCACCUGCAUCCAUAAGCAGGAGGUGAAUGAGUCUGUGGUUGGAGAGUCUUUGGACGCUGUUCUGGCCCAGUUGGUCACAGUCAACAACAGCAUGGACAGAGCCAGCCGGCUGUUUGAGUGGCUCAUCAGCCCCAUUCCCAUCAAGUCCUUUUUCAGGGAAACGUGGGAGAAGAAGCCCAUUUUUGUCACCCGUAAGAAUCCAGAUUACUACGAGGGGCUGUUCUCCACAGCUGAGUUUGAUCGCAUAUUAAGAGAGGAGAAUGUUCAGUACGGGGUGAAUCUGGACGUCACAAGCUACACUAACGGCCAGAGGGAGACGCACAAUCCUCCUGGAAGAGCUCUGCCAUUCACUGUGUGGGAUUUCUAUGAGAGUGGCUGCUCCCUGCGCAUGCUGAAUCCUCAGGCCUUCUCCUCCACCGUGUGGAACGUGCUGUCCAUCCUCCAGGAGAAGUUUGGCAGCAUGGCGGGGGCCAACGUGUACCUGACCCCACCUGGAACUCAGGGCUUCGCUCCGCAUUACGACGACAUCGAGGCCUUUGUGGUUCAGCUGGAGGGGAAGAAACACUGGCAAGUGUACAGCCCAAGGUCAGAAGAUGAGGUCUUGCCUGUACUUUCAAGUCCAAACUUCAGCCAGUCGGAGAUCGGGAAGCCCAUUCUGGACGUUGUGCUGGAGGCCGGGGACCUCCUGUACUUUCCUCGGGGAUUCAUCCAUCAGGGCAACUGUCUGCCGGACGCACACUCCCUGCACGUCACCAUUUCAUCCUUCCAGAAGAACAGCUGGGGAGACCUGCUGAUGAAGGUUGUUCCUGCAGCUUUAGAAAUUGCAAUGGAGGAGGAUGUGGAGUUCAGACGAGGUUUGCCUCUGGACUACCUGACGUACAUGGGCGUGCAGCACUCUGACAAGGAGGACCAUCGCAGGGUCAAAUUCUUGGCUCGAAUGGAGAAUCUGAUCAAGAAACUACCAAAUUACGCCCCGGUGGAUGCUGCUGUGGACCAGAAAGCCAGAGAGUUCCUCCAUGACUGCCUGCCGCCCAUGCUCACACCAGAUGAAUAUAGAACGAGCGUGCGAGGAGCUCCAGCAAGAUGGGAGUCUGGAAAAGUGAGGAAUGUGGGUCAGCACAUUACAUCCCAGACCCAAAUCAGAAUUCUUCGUGCAGGCUGUGCAAGAUUAUGCAGUGACGGAGAUGCUGUUCAUCUUUGCUACACCACCGACAACUCCAGAGUUUACCACAAAGAGGAGCCCAAGAGUUUCGAGAUACAGACAGAGCACACAGAUGCCGUCGAGUUUCUGAUCCACUCUUACCCAAACUUUGUGACAGUAGAACAUUUGCCGUGUGAUUCUGCUCGGGACAGGAUUGCUUUGGCAGAGCUGCUUUUUGAAAAGGGGAUUAUCCACACUGCAGAACUCUUGUAG